UCUUCCAGGGCAAUACCUGAAUGUUUCCGAAUAGUUCCGGGUGAACCCGACUCUUGCAUUACGAAUUCCGAGGAGAGCCGAAGAGAACUCCGGAAGUAGUAGUGCCCGUAUUGUGCGAGAAGAUUUACAAUGGGGGAAACUGCAAUAAUAGAACGAAUCAAAUUGUGUUUCAAUUUAUUUUAAACAACUGAAGUAAGAAAACCAUUGAAGCCAGCAUUCUACGAUCCCCUGUUCUGAAUCCAGUGCUGUAGAACUCACCAGAAUAGAGGCCUGAUACAAGGACAUUAUGCUGGCAUAACAUUGAUGUAGAAAGCAGGCAGCAGUGAGGGACCAUGCAGUCUUCAGGUCACCGGCUCCGGGAUGUGGAGCACCACCCCCUUCUCAACAACGAGGAGGACUUUGAUGGGCCGUCCUCCGAGAGCGAGCUGCCCGACCAGAUCUGGUUCAUCCGGGAUGGCUGUGGCUUGGUCUGCGCUUUCAUCACCUGGUUCCUGGUCCUCUACGCAGACUUUGUGGUGACUUUUGUCAUGCUGUUGCCUUCCAAGAACUUUUGGUUCUCCUUGAUCAAUGGAGUCGCUUUCAACUUCCUGGCAGUGCUAGCCCUCACAUCCCACCUCCGGACAAUGCUGACAGACCCUGGAGCUGUGCCAAAGGGGAAUGCCACUAAAGAGUACAUGGACAGCUUGCAGCUGAAGCCAGGAGAGGUGAUCUACAAGUGCCCCAAGUGCUGCAGUAUAAAACCUGAGAGGGCACACCACUGCAGUAUUUGCAAGAGAUGUAUUCGAAAGAUGGAUCACCACUGUCCCUGGGUAAACAACUGCGUUGGGGAAAGCAAUCAGAAAUUCUUUGUACUCUUCACAAUGUAUAUAUCAAUCAUCUCUGCUCAUGCCCUCAUCUUAGCCGGUUUUCAGUUUUUCACCUGUGUCAAAGACCAAUGGACUGAAUGCAGCGACUUCUCCCCCCCGGCAGCAGUGAUCCUGCUGAUCUUCCUCUGCCUGGAGGCGCUACUCUUCCUCACCUUCACAGCCGUGAUGUUUGGAACUCAAAUCCACUCCAUCUGCAAUGACGAAACGAUGCCAUCUCCCAAGGUGCGUAGGAAGCGAGAUAGCAGACUGAGUGCCGUUAAUAUGGAAAUCGAAAGGCUGAAGAACGAGAAGCCCACCUGGGAGCGGCGGGUGCGCUGGGAGGGCAUGAGAAUGGUGUUCGGGGGCCAGCCCUCCCUGCUCUGGAUCAACCCCUUCGCUGGCCUGAGACUGCGACGCCUGCUUUCCAGGACAAGAAAAGGGGGAGCGGAGUUCUCCGUCUGAGCCCCGUCACACACUGUUCUAUACCAAUAUCCUGUAUGUGUGUAGUUAUACAUGUACAGUACAGAUACACAUUUUAGACAGUCAGUCUCCUAUAUGUAAAAUGAUAUUACUAUGGACUGCAUCUGUAUUUUAAGCUGGGACUAGUUAGUUGUUGCUUGUCAUCAGCAAGACUUGAGUCUUAAUACUUGUGGAUGACUAGGAUCUCCAUGAGAUUGCCUGAAUUGCAGUACAGCUGGAAUUUUAUUUUCUUGUCCUUUUUUGGCAGGUGUUUUGAUUGCUGUUUUACUUUUUAAAUGAAGACUUAACACGUCCUAAUAUUUACCCUCAAGGAACUCUGUUAAAAAAAGAACUCAACCGAUGCUUAGAAGAGACUCUUUGCUUUUGAUAAAUGGUCAGUAAUGAACACUAGGGUGCCAGUCUUAAAAGAUGACAAAGUAACGCUGGUGAAGUUCAGCGUGGGCUGUAGGCACCUGUAACAAAGAUGCUGGUUUGCCAAAGGCACUGGUCUCGUGUGCUGGAUCAUCCUGGAUCAUUGCUGCUCACUCGCUCCAUAAUGGUUCUCAGGCCAGUUGUAGGUCUGCAAUAUGUAACUGAUACUAUGUCUGUGAUAGGAAACCACUAUAUACUGGAGAAAAAAACAAAAAAAGAUCUUACUCGAGAUGUUUCACUAUUAUUUUUAUUUUAUUGUGUGUUUGAGGCUCUAAAGGAUGUAGUUCUAAUUUUAGCAGAUUACAUCCACAUUUUAUGAAUGGACGUACUAAAAUUACUUUAAUUAUAGCUGUUUGUUUUUUAUUCUGUAGUCGCUCAUGUUGUAUAUAUUUUAAAACAUCAAUCCUCAAGGUUUAGGCGUCUGAUUGUUUACCAGGUUUAAUUCUGCUUUGAGUCAGAUUGAAUUAAUCCCAGGGUAGUGUACUGGCUGAGACUGGGUGUCUGAUUUCAAGUAAUUCCGGGCAAGUUUUCAAAGCUAAAUUGGCAUAAUUUGUUAUGAAAAUAUGUAUUGGACACAAGUUUAAUUUAUAAACCAGCUAAAUUGUGAGAUAAAUCAGAGCAGAUUAAAAAGAUUUGAGUAGUUCACAUAAAAUGUGUGCCGAAGAGCAAUGAAAUUUAGGUACUGUCUGUGUCGCCUACCAAUUUUCACUGUUGUAUGGCACAUAUCUUUCCCAGUCAUAUCUGCAAACUGGCGAAGCAUUUUUUAUUAAACCAUGUAAAUAAUUUAUGUACUGUAAUAUUUGCAUAUUACUCUUCAGACCACACGCUAUUCCCGUUUUCUAAUGACUGACCAUAAAAAUCUACAAGCAAAGUGAACGAACAAAAAUAACCAGUAGAUAAUUACUAGCUUUAUUCAUGUAUCUCUCAAUUUAAAGCAAAUGCUGCACAAUCAUGCAAUUCCCGUAGACUAUAUUGUAGUGUGCAUGCUCGUCAUCCCUGCAUUACUACUACUACUGUUUCAUAGAAAAUGAACACCUGUGACAAGUUUGGUAUACUUGCAGAAUGUAUUAUAAGUGUACCAUUUAUAUAUUUUUUUUAAUUACUCUCUAUCUCCUUAUUUUUAUUUGUCACCAUGUUUGAGCUAUAGUGUGUCAGAAUUCAAGAAUACAGUAUUUAUUAUUUGAAUGAUUAUGAAUAUUUUUUAAAGUUAGCAUUUUUGUAGAAAAGGGUAUAUGUUUGUAUAUUAUAUAUGUGUUAUAUAUAAUAUAUAUAUAAACAUUUUAAAUCCUAUUGCUGUGCUAUCACUACAGUUUUGUUUGAGGAAUACUGUAUUAAGAUUUGGUUGCUAGACAGCAAAUGUUUUCAGGUUAUUUUCUUAAAGGUUUAAUUGUAUUGAAUUCAGCUGAACUCUUAAAUAUUCCUCCUCCAUUGAUUAUUACAUGUAUCAAUAAGAAUGAUCGCUGUAGUGUAUUCUGUAUUUAUAACUUCAGUAGUAAAAGGAACAGAAUUACAGAACAGAGCUGCCUUGUUGUAAGUCGGACCGUUAUACCACAGGACUGGUUAAUUUAUCCAAAGUGACUUGCAGAAAUUAAACAAAAUAAUACAUUAAAAAAUGAGAAGAGGUAGCACGAAGGAACGACUCCAUGUACAUACUUGAAUUGUAACCCAUUGGAAGCAUCUUCUGGUGAAGUGAAAUUUGCACAAUCAAGUUUUUUUUUUAAUAUAUAAAAAAAAAAAAAAAGUGCCACAGAAGUGUGACUGAUCUUUAGUUAGUUUGAGUAGAUCAUUUGAUAUAAUUAUACAUUGUUAUCCUCAGCUGUAAUAAAUUGCUUAUGCAGAACUUUGGACUGAUGUGGAAAAGCAUAAUGCAACUUGUUCUAUUACCAUUUCAAUGAAUGCAUUUGGGCAGAUUGGCAAGUGGACUUUAAGGCAGUCUUUUUUUUUUUGUAUGUAAGCAAAUAAAGAAAUGUAGAUUUGUUGUAUUGCUUUAAACACCAUUGCUGGGUAUCUAAAUCCAGCCUGCCCUAAUAUAGUUGGAAAAUAUAUAUAUUUAUUAAUUCAGUUUAGAAGGGAUUUCAAGAGUAAGUAGCAGUGUUCCGAAAAAUACAGCGUUACAAGUCCCCACGUGUUGCUACAACUGUUUAAAUAACCUACCUGUAAUUUUUCUUUUCAUUUUUAACAUCCUAACAACCUUUUACGCAUAUAACUUUAAAAUCUGCUUUCAAAGCUUUUUUCAAAAUGUCCACUCUAGUGCAGUGAUAGUCCAAGCAUUAUUGCCCACAUUGUCAAACAGGUAACACAACAAUAGAUCCAUGAUGUGGUACGGAACAGAAAUGCCAGAGCACUUGUUAAGGUUUUUUUCAUCGCUCUUCCUACAGGGAUUUAGAGGACAGAUCUCAAACCCCAGUGCACUGGAGUAGACAUUUUGAAAAGAGCUUUAAAACAGACUUUAAAGUUAUGUGUAAAAAUUUGUCAGGAUGUUAACAAUGAAAAGAAAAAUGACAGGUCUGUUAUUGAAACAGUUGUUGCAAUACGCAUGGAUGUAUAAUGCUAUAUUUUUUGGAACCCCGCUACUUAGUCUUUACGUUUCCAGUACAAUGGUAGAAUACUUGUCUAUCUUGCCUCCCCUGCUAUUGUGCCUCCAUAAAAUCAGUGCAGAUGCCAAUGAUAAACCAGGAUUUUUAAAUGGCCUAAAGCUCUUUAGUACUGUACUAUUUUAGCAUGUACCUUUGGAGUGACUAUGGUUUGAGUUGGUAUCUACCCUCUCCUAAGAAAACUUUCUCCUUUUGCUGUAACACUAAUAAAUGUAAGCGCUGUCUUACUCAGUUAGUCUAUUAUAUUGGAGCCUGACAAUUAGAAUUCUCGUGAAGCUUUUGGUUGUGUGGGAAAGUGCUGAGUUAGAGGUGGGGGUUUUAUAAGAAAUAUUGCUUCUUUUUUUGGUAUUAGUGAUGACAAGCUCGUUCCUAUCCCAAGUAUUACCAAUGUAAUGAGCCAUGGAAUGCAAGAGGGGAACGGUUCACCAGAAGACAUAAACAUACAUCAGCUGUCUUUAUUUGUACACUAUCACUAAAAAGAGGUAUAUCACAAAGAUCUGUCUUUGUAUCCCGAACUGUCUGAUUGCCAUUAGUGUUUCUUAUACAAUUGGUUAAUAAAAUGGUGCUAAACAGGGUUUUACAAAUUCAAUGCAUUUGCCAAAGUAUGUAUCCUACAACAACUGAUUCUGUUAAUGGAGUUGCAACUGUUCCAAUGUAUUGUUAUUAUGAAUGAUUGGUUAUGUUAUAAAUUUAUUUGAUAUGGUAAGACAAGGAAAAACAAUGUAGAUGAUAAAGAAACUGGAAAAGUAAUUGAGUUAUUUGUUUGAUUGUUAUAUUUCUUCUAAGUGGCUGUUUGCAGUUUGUUUAUCAUGAUGGUGCACCCUUGGUACAUAUUGCAAAGACCCAAAACAAUGUGACAAUAUUUUGUCCCCAAAAUAUAGGCUUUUGCAUUGUAUUUA